AUGGAGAAGCUGUCGAUACCACCUACAACAUUUGUCUUCCAUAAAUAUUUAUCAUCAAUUUUCCCAAACAUUGAGAAUUUUCAUUUAGAAACUAAACUUGCACAUUUGAAUAGUUUUUCACAUGCUUCAAGUUCUUGGUUUGCUUUGAUUUUAAAAAGGUUCAAAGAAUUCGUUUUGAUAUCAAAAGCUUUACGAAAAUCUGAAAGUUUAAUAUUUGAUUCAACGAUUUUUAAAAGUUUCAGCAACUUUGUCGCAGAAGCCAAUGAAAGUUUAAUAUUAGUUGCUAGUAUCGUCAGGGAUUUGUUGUGA